AUGCCAAAAGGAAAGCGCAUCAUCCUGUGUUUGGAUGGUACGUGGGUCAACAGCGACAAGGGGUAUAACCCGCCGACCCUGGGCCAGCCGGAUGCCACUCUUCAGGUGCCUACAAAUGUGACGCGCGUCUAUCGGUUCCUGAAGAAACGGGACGCGAAUGGGAAGAACCAAGUCAUGUACUAUCACCCUGGUGUUGGGACUACUGGGAAUAUCACUGAUGAGAUUGCGGGCGGAGUUUUUGGUUCUGGGGUUUCUGAGAAUAUUCGGGAAGCGUAUAGUUUCGCUGCAACGAAUUACGAGCCGGGUGAUGAGAUUGUCAUAGUGGGCUUCUCUCGCGGUGCAUUCACUGCGCGUAGUGUGGCAGGUCUCAUCACCGAGAUUGGACUGCUUAAUAACAAAGGAAUGGAACUUCUCUAUCCAAUAUUCAAAGAUAUAGAGAACAUCAGAAACCCUCGGUACAGGGAUGAAUUUCCGACUACACCUUUCCCUAACAAGCCCAGAGACAAACGGGAGUACAAGCAUCGCCUGGAAGAUGAGGAUCUCACGCGACUGUAUGACCCAGAUGGACGCCGCAUCAAAGUUCGUUGUGUUGCAGUCUGGGAAACGGUUGGAAGUCUAGGCAUCCCGGACACCAACUUGAGCAACAAACUCAAGAUACCUCGCUCUACAAAAGAAUGCAAGUUCUACGAUACAUCACUAUCGAACGGAAUCGAGUACGCCUUUCAAGCCCUUGCUUUAGAAGAAGAUCGCACGUCGUUCGCUCCAUGUGUUUGGAACCGACCUCGCAAUGUUCGCACCGAUCUACGCCAGGUCUGGUUCCUUGGAGCUCAUUCCAAUGUUGGGGGCGGGCUUCCAGACCAGGAACUGGCCAAUGUCGCCAUGGCCUGGAUGAUGGACCAACUAACAUCAAUUGGUGUGGCCUUCGAGGAAGACACUAUUGAUCGGAUCUUUCAACAAAGUGUCCGCUAUUUUUUCAAUCAUCCCCACCCGCAAAAAUCACAGACCAGCUCCAAACACAAGCCAUGGAGCCAGUGGGCCGUUUCCUCCGUCUACAACGAACACAAGCCUGUUCGACCUUGGGGACUUGGUGAAAUUGUUCAGCCCGAGACCGGAUACUAUCACCUCGCUGGCAAAACCACUCGCACACCGGGGAUGUACCAUUAUGUUGAUCCAAACACAGCUCUUCCCACGUCUGAGUUUCUGACGCAUACCCAUGAAAGCGUGCACAGAAGCGUGCGCAUUCGUCUCACCCUCGAGGGUCUCGGAUACGAUGAUGUAGGGCUGUAUACGUGUUCUGCAUUGAAGGACUGGAAGCUCGAGCGGAUGCGUGUUGUGUCUCACCGUGAUACUCACUAUUCCGAUGGGAGAGAAGAAGAUGAGAUUAUGGAGAAGAUACAAGAUUAUCGAUGGGGGUGGGUAUACGCUGGGCCAGAGCGAGAUAGGCCGCCGAAAGCUAUUUUGAUGGAGGAGCCACUGGGCCCAUAUGAAGACAGGUUGCUCCAUCUCAACAAAGGCAUGUUGGCAUUCCUUCUUGGGGAACUUGGUCGUCUGUUUAUCAGAAAAAUUGUGCAUGCUACUCAAGGACGUUUAUGCUAA